AUGCAGCACUUACCGCACAUUGCCCAACUGGACAUUACCAUGAUGCUGAGGCGCCCGAUCACCUCCGGCAGCCGGCAGGCGCCGGAUCCGUACGAUCAGUUUCUGGAGAGCCGCUGCAUGUAUCGCAAGCACACGGCCAGGGACGCAUCAUGCCUCUUCCGUGUAAUAGCCGAGCAGAUGUAUGACACCCAGAUGCUCCACUACGAGGUUCGCUUGGAGUGCGUGCGUUUCAUGACGCGAAAGCGACGCAUCUUCGAACAGCAUGUGCGUGGCGAUUUUGAUAGCUAUAUGCUGGACAUGGCCAAGCCCAAGACAUAUGGUACCAUGCUGGAGCUGCGUGCCUUGUGCUGCAUGUACCGCCGCAAUGUCAUCUUGUUUGAGCCAUUCAAUUUGGGCACCGCAGUGACCUAUAACGAGCGCUAUCAGGAUAAUUUUCGUGUGUUCUACACGAAUGAGUUUCAUUUUGAUUCUGUUUACACAUUGGACUACAUUGAAACGGCGGCAAUAAGCCAGUCAAUCAGCUUUAAACUGCUCUAUAAGAUGCUCUUCAAGCUGCCCGACGUGAAUUUCGCGGUUGAGUCAAUGUUGCAUCCGCAAACAUUCGAUUGGGGCAAUUACGAGGUGGAGCUCGAUGCGAGGGGCUACUUUGUGCGCAUUAUCUGUUGCGAUGGACGCACUUUUUCGCUUGAUCUGCCCGAGAAUACAAAGUGUAUACUCGAGAACUACAAGCUUUGCAAUUUUCAUAGCAAUAUCAAGCAGUUGCCACAGAAAGGUUUGGGUGAAAGGCGCUCCACAUCUGUGUCUUCUGCGUCGGAGUCCCCAUCUAGACGCGAUCUAAGGCUGGAACUGCCGCUGAACAGCUUAAUAACUAGCGAGAGUACAGAGGUGCUGCACAUGUGUCCGAAUCCAACGAAUUCUUGUGUGCGUCAGCUGCUAGAUGAUGGCAUCACCCCAUUUCCCUACAAGGUGGCUAAGUCCCUGGAUCCCUACAUGUAUCGGAACAUCGAAUUUGAUAGUUGGAACGAUCUGCGCAAGGAGGCCAAGCGCUAUAAUGUUUACGCCAAUGAUUAUAAUUUCAAGGUGGGUGCCAAGUGCCGCGUGGAGCUGCUGAUCGAUGCCGAAAGACAAUUGUACACAUGCCACAUUCAAAAGAUAAGCGCUGAUAAGUCCUACUGUGUUGUCUAUGUCGAGCACUUUGGAAAGAAAUUUUUGGUGCCUUACGAAUCAUUGCAUCCGGUGCCGCCGGAUGAGUUCCGACCGUGGGCGGUGCCGUUCCGCUAUCAGCGUCAGAUGCAGCGUAUGCAUUUGGCCAAGUUGAGUCAAAAGCCCAAGCCCAGGUGGAAGAAGGCCAAGCUGUAUGAUGUGGCCAAUUACUUUGAGGCAAGCAAGUGCGAGGUUUUGCAGUAUCUGCAGCUAGACACCUGCUACGGUUGUCCUCCGUUGUACAAUGAGCAUGGCAGUCUGCAACAACAGCAACAAUCGCAGCAACAGGUUGAGGUUAAUGAGUCGGUGGAGUUGGAGCAACAACCGCGGGAGCAACGCUUCCAGCCACGCGACAAGCACUCACAUCUUCAGCAGCAACAACAGCAGCCGCCAGCUACUCAUUUUGUUAACUAUAUGCCCAUGGGUGGGCGACCUGGUCAUAUUCCGCCUCCGUGGCGCGGAUCGACGCUACCCAUGCCAGAGGAAUUUCCGGCUGGCGUCUUUCCGGGACCGCAACUGACACCCGAUGGCUGUAUGUUCAUGCACUUUGGUGGAUACGCGCCACCGCCGCCCAUUUCGCUGCAACCGCCGCACCCGCCGCCAUUUGGCACAGCACCAUAUAUGUUUGCGCCACCACCACCACCACCGCCACCACCGGCUUCAAUAUUGGUACCCUCGGUAGGCAAACGCUCUAGUUGCAGCACCAGCAGUAACAACAGCUGCACCACCAGCGCUGCUACGACUACCACCAGCAAAAUUGGAACGCGCUGGAACGAGGAUCAGACAGAGCCGCGCCGGUCGCUACAUGCCAAUGGCGAGGAUUUGCCCGCUGAUUUGGGCACCUUACGUUAUUUCUAUAAUAUGGGCGUUGAUAUGCAUAUGCGCUUCUCUCAUUUGCUGACGCCCGACGAACAGAUGAGGAUGUGCGGCAACAAGAAUAACAACCAAAACUAUCACAACACGGACCAACAACAAAAGGAAAGGAACGAUGAGGCAGUUGUUCUGGCAGCGAACGCUACCCCACCGCCCUCGCCGGUGGCAGCAACUGGACACAAUUCCCCAUGUUCACCCGCUACGGAGCCAAACGCAGACAAGACGCGCUCUCGUCCCAAGCGUGGUGCCUUCAACAAGGCGCGCUCCAAGCGCCCGGAACAGCUGCCCGAUCUCAACAAAGAUCAACAUCUAUCGCACGCAAUGCUGCUGCCCACGCCAACUCCAUCGCCCAACACCAACGGCAAUCAGUUUAACUUUUAUCCCACACUGCAGGCGGCACCGCCAACCCAACAAGCAUUGCCACCUCCACCAAUGCCGCCGCCGAUUUUCUUUGCCGCCCACAAGGGUGGUCAGAAUCCAUAUGCUUGGGGCAUGGCGCCACCACCAGCUGGAAUGCCGUACGAGAGGAUCAAUAACUAUAAUAUAGAGGCAGGCGGAGUAAAUGCACAGCAGUCUCCGUCAGCCGGCUAUGGGCCACCACCUCGUCAUUAAAGCGCCGCGACUCGAUUUCAAAUUUGUAUGCAACUACGAACAACGCAGUCUAUAUACUACAUUCACCAUAUAAACAUAUUACAUAUAUUCACACUAUGUAUUUAAUUAUAAGCCAACUUCACAAUUUGCAUUUCAUCGACUUUUAGAACUUGCUCGAACAACAUUAACUA